AUGGAGGUACAUCGACGACUUCCACCUCCCGCCACAGCAGAAGCUCCAGUGUGGACUAAUGCAUCCUCCUCCACUCCUAACCAAACUUUUUCUCCUCCGUUUCUUUUUCCGACUGAGAACUGGACCGACGGCCGGGCUCUGGAUUACGCUCCAGGAGUCGCCGGGAUCCUCAUCCCUCUCAUCUACAUCACCGUGUGCGUCGUGGGCCUGAUCGGAAACACUCUCGUCAUCCACAUUGUGCUGCGAUAUUCCCAAACAGAAUCGGUGACCAAUAUCUACAUCCUGAAUCUGGCCAUCGCCGACGAACUCUUCAUGCUGGGUCUGCCGUUCCUUGCCGUACAGAACGGCCUGCUCUCCUGGCCCUUCGGAUCCCUGAUGUGUCGCCUGGUCAUGACCGUAGACGCCAUUAACCAGUUCACCAGCAUCUUCUGCCUGACGGUGAUGAGCAUCGACCGCUAUCUGGCCGUGGUGCAUCCGCUGCGGUCCUCUAGGUGGCGCCAGCCGCGCGUGGCCAAAACAGUGAACGCCACCGUAUGGGGCGUUUCUUUUGUAGUGGUCCUACCGGUGGUGGUGUUCGCUGACGUUUUGCAGGACGACGGGAACUGCAGCAUCGUGUGGCCGGAGCCAGCGGAGGUUUGGAAAGCGGCGUUCAUCAUCUAUACGGCGACCGUCGGGUUCUUCGGCCCUCUGAUGGUCAUCUGUCUCUGCUACCUGCUGAUCGUGGUGAAGGUGCGCAGCUCCGGACGAAGAGUCCGCGCCACGUCGAUUCGCCGCCGGAAGUCCGAACGCAAGAUCACGCGCAUGGUGGUGAUCGUCGUGGCGGUGUUCGUCUUCUGCUGGCUGCCGUUCUACGUGUUAAACAUUGUGAAUCUGCUGGUCCUUCUGCCAGGAGAGUUCAGAGGGCUGUAUUACUUCGUUGUGGUUCUUUCGUACGCCAACAGUUGUGCAAAUCCCAUUCUGUAUGGAUUUCUCUCAGAUAACUUCAAAAGAGGUUUCCGGAAAGCCUUGUGCAGAUCCUCCAGGCGUGUGGAAAACCAGGAACAGCAGCAGGGAACGGGAAUGGUUGCGUUACCGCUAGAGGAGAUUCGAAGAGAACUGGAUCCAAAGGAGCAUCUGAAGGUGACCGAAGUAGAAGAACACAACGCAGAAAUAGAGAUGACGAAACUCCGGAACGGAUGUCACGAGGACGCCACCGCUGGAGGAACGGACGGGCGAUGCGAGCACUCCAUCAGCCCGACCUCUGACCCCGCAGCUGUCCGUAAUGGAGCGCGGCGGACGCACAAACACCUGCCGGACAACGGUGACGACAAACGCUCCGUUCUGGAGAUCAGCUGUUUGUAA